AAUUUUGUAGGUCUUUUCCCAGAUAUGUAUUUUUCUCUCUAACUUCUAACUUGCUGAAGUUUCCGCCCAUGUGACUUCCAGCAUGUUACCAGAAACCACAAGAGAGAGAGAGAGAGCGUGCAAGCCCCAGAGCGAGCGACAUGUCCCUUUGGGGAGCAGUCCCUCUGCACCCCAGAGUGAGGAGGACGCAGGGGUCGGAGGUGGCUAUAGGGCAGGCAGAGGAGGUGCCUGUGGGGGGUGGUGGGCUAGUGGCCCAGGAGAAGUCAGGAAGGGAGCCCAGCUGGUGACAAGAGAGCCCAGAGGUGCCUGGGGCUGAGUGAGAGAGCCCGGAAGAUUUCAGCCAUGCCUCACAGCUCCGACAGCAGUGACUCCAGCUUCAGCCGCUCUCCUCCCCCUGGCAAACAGGACUCAUCUGAUGAUGUGAGAAGAGUUCAGAGGAGGGAGAAAAAUCGCAUUGCUGCCCAGAAGAGCCGACAGAGGCAGACGCAGAAGGCCGACACCCUGCACUUGGAGAGCGAAGACUUGGAGAAACAGAACGCGGCUCUGCGCAAGGAGAUCAAGCAGCUUACGGAGGAACUGAAGUACUUCACGUCGGUGCUGAGCAGCCACGAGCCCCUGUGCUCGGUGCUGGCCGCCAGCACGCCCUCACCCCCCGAGGUGGUGUACAGCGCACACGCCUUCCACCAGCCUCACGUCAGCUCCCCGCGCUUCCAGCCCUGAGCUUCCGAUGGGGGGAGAGCAGAGUCUCGGGAGGGACACACAGACUGUGGCAGUGCUGCACCCAUCCCGCAGAGGCCCCUGUCCACCUGUAGACCCGGAGACAGAGGCCCGGACAAGGAUCAAACACAGGGACUGUCAUGACUGGAAGGGUGUGAGGCCUCCCAGCAGUGCCGCAGCAUUUCGGGGAGCCUGUGCUGGACUCCACUCUAGGUUGGAGGCUCAAUCCAGAAGAAUAUCAGGCAAGAUGCCCAAGUCUCAUGUCACAGAGCAAGGCGGGCAGGAAAGGGGUAUUUUUCUAAAUAAAUGUUUUAAAAUAAA